UUUAAAGCUGAGCCCAUUGCAUAUUCGUAAUUAAAGCAUUUCCUAAACUUGGACCGUUUGUAUCUUCGGAUUUUCCAUAUUACUCUCCUUUCCUGUGCUUCACACGUUUUCUUCGUUUCUUCUGUUUGUCCAAAAAUCCCAGUCAUGGAUGAUAGAUCCUGAACUUCGAUCGGUUUCUGCACCACAGCUGUAGCCAUGAAUAAAUGGACAUUUGAUAUCGUAUUAUUCUCUUUGCUCUACUCUCUUGCACUUCUUGAUGGUAAGGAAAUAAGUCAAGAUAAAACAGUUGUUAAAGAGGCCAGCGAAAGCAAAUUCAUAGGAAGCAGUCUUUUCGGUGGACAAGUUAGUAAGUUCAAUGGAACUGGACAUUUUGCUGGCCACAAUGAACAUAAUAGUGGGUGGUGGAGAGAAUGGUGGCAAAAAUAUAUUGGUGAAGUGACAGAUCCAACUGUCCGUCCUCUCAUAUAUCCAACAGAUGAGAACGGAAAUAGACUACCAUGCCCUUGUCUUCUAAAUGGUACUACACCAGUGCCACCUACUACGCCUGCAGAGAGGCCUCCACCUACAAGGCCACCUAUUCAACCUUCUUCUCAAACACCUGUUACUAGUCCUCCAAUAAGGCCAUCAACUGCCACCAGAUCCCCUCCUCGUCGUCCAAGACCUCCAGCUAGAAAGCCUCCUGUUCGACCUCCAACAACAACACAACUAGUUAGGCAUCCACCUCCAGUCCCAGAUCCACCCCCCAGAAGAUUACCACCUCCUUCCACUAAACCUCCAGUGCGAUCUACUUCACCACCAUUAGUUACAAAACCAGCACCUCCUCCAACAAAACCUCCUGUAAGAUCACCACCACCACCACCUACUAGUCCGCCAGUAAAAAUACCUCCAACACAUCCACCAACACCUCCAGUAAGACCACCACCACCUCUACCACCUCCGCCACCUCCACCACCUCCAGUUACAACGCCACAAGCACCUCCACCUAUUAGACAAUCACCACCUCCUCCGAGUACUCCGCCAAUAAAACCAUUCUUACCUUCGAAACCACCUCCUGCUCCAAGACCUCCAGUACGACCACCGCCAGUUGUAAGGCCUCCCACACGCGUAACUACUAGUCCACCAGUAAAAUCCCCACCUCCAACUAGGCCUACAGUAAGAAUUCCUCCAUCAACAAGACCACCAGUAAGGCCGCCGCCACCAUAUCCUCCCACUGGACCGCCAGUAAGACCACCUCCUACAAGACAAACGGUAAGAACUCCUUCACCAAAAAUACCAAUAAGUCCGCCGGCAGUUACUCAGCCUCCAUCACCUCGCCCUACUAGACCACCAGUAAGAUCACCUCCACCUUCUCCUCCAGGAACACCUCCAGUAAGAUUACCACCAGCAACAAGACCACCUCCAGUGCUAACAUCUUUACCUCCACAACCACCAACUCUUUCAACCAAGCCACCUGUAAGACCUACACCUUCAACAAAACCACCUCAAGUUACAAGACGCCCAUCACCUCCUCCUACUAAACCGACAGUAAGAAUCCCUCCACCAGCAAGACCUCCAACAAGACCACCGCUAGUUACUCGGCCUCCACCACCUCCUCCUAAACCACCAGUCAAAUACUCUUCAAUUCCGCCAAUACCUCCUGCAACAAGACCUCCAGUAAGACAACCGCCAGUUACAAGGCCAUCACCACCCCCACCUACUAGACCUCCAGUGCGAAUAUCAUCCCUUCCACCAACCCCUUCUCCAACGAGACCUCCACUAAGACCACCUCCUCCAGCAAGACCACCAGUAAGAACUCCUCCUUCAAUAAGGCCACCACCUGCUACCAGACCUCCAUCGCCACCUUCUAGUAGACCUCCAGUGAGACCACCUUCACCAAGAAGACCCCCAGUAAGACCGCCAUCACCUCCGCCUACUGGACCAUUAAUAAGUUCCACACCUCCAUCACCACCUCCUCGAACAACUCCAGUAAGACCACCGCCAGUUACAAAACCAUCUCCCCCAACACCUACUAGACCUCCAGUGAAACAAACUCUCCCUCCAGCUCCACCUCCAACAAGACCGCCAAUAAGAUCACCUCCACCACCAACUCCAUCAGUCAAACCUCCUCCAACAAAACCCCCUAUAAAGCCACAACCGGUUAUAAAACCCCCAUCACCUCCUCCUACUACACCCCUAGUAAAUCAACCUCCACGUCUGCAACCUCCACCUCCUGUAAGACCAUCCUCACCACCUUCUCCUAGAAGACCACCAAAAACACCUCCUCGUCCAACAAAACCACCAGUUAGGCCACAAGUAGUUACAAGUUUUCCAACUCCCCCUCCAACUAGACCACCAGUAAAACCAUCUCCUCCUUCAACAAUUCCACCAGUAAAACCAUUAGUAAAACAACCUCCACCUCCAAAAAGGCCUCCCGUAAGACCAUCUCCACCACUUACUACAAGAAGGCCACCGAAAAGGCCUCCUCCAACAGUACCACCAUUAAAGCCACAAGUAGUUACUAAUUCCCCACCUCCUCCUGCAACUAGACCACCAGUAAAACCGUCUUCUCCUCCAAAGAGAACAACAGUAAAACCUCCUCCACCGAGACCCCCAGUGAAACCUCCCCAAGAUAUACGCCCGCCAUCUCCUCCUCCAAUUAGACCCCAAGUAAGACCAUCUCCACCCCCUUCAACUAGACCACCAGCAAGACGUCCACCUUCACCGGUGCCAACUAGACCAUCCGUUAGACCUCCACCAACAAGGCCACCAGUAAGACAGCCUCCUACCACAAAGCCAACACCACUGCCUACUAGAACGCCAGUAAAACCCCCACCACCUCCACUACAGCCACUAAUAAGGCUGCCUCCAUCGACAAUACCGCCAGAUGGACCGCCACCACCAAAACCUCCAGUCAAGUCACCACCUGAAGAAGACUGUGUCUCAGAAGGACCUCCACAGAAAGUUCCCAGACCAGACCGACCGAGACCGGAUGGAUCUAUGCCUCCGUGUGCAUUGGAUGGGAAAAACUUUUGCAUUCUUACUGACGAUUAUCCUGCAGAUUUUGUGAACAGAGUGGUGGACAAGAGUAUCAGUAAAGUUCGUAUAAUGUAUGAGGAGCUACAAACGGUUGGUGAUCCAGAACUCUUCAAGGACCAAUACGGUGACAGUCCUGCUGCACGUGGUAGCUUUGCUUGUGAAACCGAAGCCAACAUCAUGAGACCAGGUUGGGCACAGGAAAGCGUCUCUGGAGACUGGUUGGUUAUUAUUAACACCGAUCUUUUCCCCCAGAAAGUCAGGACAGAAAGUUGCAGGCAUCCCAACGAGCCUUGCUCUUUCAUAUCCCCAUUCUACGACUCAGUGUGCCAACAGAGAUACAGUUUGCAUCGUCUCCUUGCUGUGUACCCUCAGGACCCCAACCGCAGCCCCGUUGUUGCGCUCUUCAAGUUCCCAGCUGGAUGUUCUUGCCGAGUUCACCCCAUUCGAAAGAAUAACAUCGAACAGCAGAAAGUUAAGCGAUAAAAACAAAAAAUAAGCAAUCAAAAGCAUCAUGCCAACUUCAGAUGAAACAAAAACUGUGGAAAAAACCAAUACUUUUGGAGAAAUGUCUCAGUUUUAAGAAAGGUGCUAACUGCUUAGGAACGAACGGAUAUUAAAACUAUUUCUUUGUCUUUAUAUAAAUAUUUUGCCAGAAGAAUAAUUUCUUUUUUCUUUAAAUAGAAUUACGAUCUUCCGUAAUCUAAAACAUUUUAUUAACGGAAGUAGGGUUUUAAUUAUUUUCUUUUAUCUCUAAAGUACGAUAUCCAAAUGGCCGUAUAGUGAAAUUCAUAUUGUCAUUUUGAUAAAAACGAUAUUAAGAGUUUUGUAGCAUUUUAUCCAUUAGCUUGCAUUUUAAAUUUCCUGUCUUUUAUAAAAUCAUUAACAUUUCAUAUGCAUUGAUUAUUAUCUCCUUCCAAAACACAUUAAUGUUUUCUUUCGUCUAAAAAUUAAUAUUGAAAUUUUAAAGUACAAAUAUUGAAAAUUAAAGAAGAAUUAAAAAUUAGAUGAACAUUUUUAUAUCAGAAUUAGUUUUAUUGACUAUUAUUUUUAAAAUUUCACAUUAAAAUUUGUACAGCAAUUUUAACACUAUAUUGCUACAUUUGUAUUCAUGAUAUAUUUUGAAAUUAUAAAUGAAUUUACCAAAUUUUCUAAAUAAAACCUCUUCUCUUCACAGUUGACCGUCCGUAACGUAUUCUAUCAAUAUUUUAAUCUGCAGUAUAGAAUUGUAAAGAAAAUGUGUAAAUAAAAAGAAUGUGUAGCAGAAUCUCUUUUUCUGAAUGGAAAGAGAAUUACCGUCUGCAUGCCAUUCAGAUUUUACAAGCACAGCAGAAACCAGUAUUAGAGCAGUCCUUUGUAGCUAUGUAUAAUAUUGAUGUCUAAGUUUGUGUACAUUUUUAAGGUAAUAAUUUCAGGCAUGAGUAAUAAUUUCAGGUUCACAAAUAAUGUAAAUACUGCAGCCUCAAUUAUCAGGUAAUGCAAUACCAUGAAAUGAGAAAUUUGACAAUUGUAAUCUUAAGUAGAGAUUUGCUUUAACGUUUAGUUAUGUUUUUGUCACAAUUUAAAUUUAAAUUAAUUGUUUAUAUUUAAAUUAUUUAUAGUACAAUGGUUAGAGUAUUGCGAUAUAUCGAAGUCUGGGCGGUUAUGAGAAAAAUGUGAAAUUGUAUUAGUUGUUAAAACUAAGGUAUUUACAGUAAAAAUUAUUUUGUAAAUAUUUGUUACUCCAAAACAAAUUCUUCUCUAAUAUUUUGUACUUUUUGAUUUCAAAAUAAAAGUUAUUUUAAAUUUG